GAAGUGAGCCAUCUUUCAGUCUUCCCAGCAUUCAUUAGUGGACUCUUUUUGCUCUUGAUGAAGAUCCUUUCUUAUUGGUAGUUUUCCUCGUGAAAUGAAAUUCUCUGCUCCUCAGUAAACUCUUGUGCUGAUUAGUCAGCUCUUCCAACAGCAUCUGGGGUCUGGCUGUGUUCUUGCUGUCAUCAUCAUAAUCUCCCUCUUUCCUCCUUCUGUGGGAUUAUCAUGGCUAUGAAGCAGGACAGCCUGUGACGAUCCACUGCUCUCUGCAGGACUUUUCUUUGUUAUUUUUUAUUCUGGCAUUGAUUUGGUGAGAUACCAGGAGCCAAAAUGCUGAACCAGAGCGCUGUGAUGAUCUUCACUGGGAUCUGUGGGUCAUUGGUGCUUAUGGCCAUGGCCUACUAUGUCUACUGGUCUGUAGUAUUGGCUGACGGACCGUGUAAACGCGGCUUGUAAAAGGAUCCCACCGUGGUUGGUCGUAGUGUAUAGAGAGGAGCCCACUCAGCUCCUCAGCCAUGGCUCUGCUGGGCUACCUGAAGAGCCUGUUCAUCUUGCAGCUGCUGAUGGGCUUUGUGUUUGUGGUGAGCGGCCUCAUCAUAAACUUCAUUCAGCUCUGCACCUGCAUCCUCUGGCCGAUCAACAAGCAGCUCUAUCGCAAAAUCAACUGCCGGCUCUCCUACUCCCUCUGGAGUCAGCUGGUGAUGUUGCUGGAGUGGUGGUCGGGCACAGAAUGCACCCUAUACACUGACCAAGCCACGGUGGACAAGUUUGGCAAAGAGCAUGUCAUCACCAUCCUCAACCACAACUAUGAGAUCGACUUCCUGUGUGGCUGGACCAUGUGUGAAAGAUUUGGCAUCCUAGGGAGUUCAAAAGUGCUAGCCAAACACGAGCUACUGAAGGUUCCUCUGAUUGGCUGGACCUGGUACUUCCUAGAAAUAGUCUUCUGCAAAAGAAAGUGGGAGGAGGACCGAAAGACUGUCUUCAAAGGGCUGAGCAGGCUGAAGGACUAUCCUGAGUAUAUGUGGUUUCUGCUGUACUGCGAGGGCACCCGCUUUACAGAGACCAAGCACCAAAUCAGUAUGCAGGUUGCAGAGAGUAAAGGCCUGCCCAAGCUCAAAUACCACCUACUCCCCCGAACCAAAGGAUUCACCACCACACUGCAGUGUCUUAAGGGCACAGUAACUGCUGUGUAUGAUGUGACUCUCAACUUCAAAGACAACCAAACCCCCACUCUCCUGGGCAUUGUCAACGGCAAGAAAUACAAGGCUGACUUGAGUGUAAGGCGGUUUCCUGUGGAGGAUAUACCAGAUGAUGAGAAAGAGUGUGCCAUCUGGCUGCACAAGCUCUACCAGGAGAAGGAUGCCUUACAGGAAUACUACAAAAAGGAAGGCAAGUACCCCGGACCCACAAUAAUCCCACGUCGCCGGCCAUGGACGCUGCUGAACUUCAUGUUUUGGGCCACCCUGCUGCUUUCGCCCCUCAUCAACUUUGCUUAUGGAGUGGCAGUCAGUGGCUCCCCCCUCCUCAUCAUUGGCUUUAUCAUCUUCCUCAUCAUAGCCUCGAUAGCUAUCCGCCGCCUCAUAGGGGUCACCGAGGUGAAGAAAACAGGCUCCAGUUACGGCAACCCGGAGGCCAAGAAACAAAACUAAAGUGUGUCACCCCCCCUUCGUGUACGGCCGUGUCUGUACGGUCACCCUGCGGUGUCUCACCCCUACCCAACUCCAUUCUCCUCCUACUGUUGAGUCAGUUGGCAGGCCGGGGAGGAGACCCAGCUGUGAAAACAUAAUAGAGACCAGAGUUAGAAAUACUAAUGGCACUUGAGUGAGAGAGAGAGCGUGGAAGGUCUCAAGGUUCAAGCUCUCUGGUGUAACACAGAACAUAAAGGAGGGGGAGAUGCAGUACUGUAUUCUCCUGCAUCUUUCUUAAUCCAGCUAGCGACCCACUGUCCACAACAUCCAAGUCCCAUUAAAUCCCGGUAACACCCAAGGUUAAGCUCCUAAACUGUCUGAGGUCACAUGGACAGAAAGUCAGCCCAUUUCCUGCUCUGCUCUACCUAUCUCCACUUCCUGUCAUCAGCCAAUCAGGGAGUGGUGACAUGCUCAUUCUUUUACAGACCGAUCCGUAUCUGAUUUAAAAAAAAAAAAAAAAAAAAAAAAUCGUAACCAUCCAGGGACGGUUUGUUUCUGCAACAUGCAAGACGUCUCCCUCCCUUUUUUUUCACUUAGUGGGACUUGUAAUGGGAUCCGGUGCCUUGACGCCCAGCCUGGCUUCCUUAAUCUUAAAGGGUCGGUUCACCCAAAUCACAACACAUUUACUAUUUAACUUCUAAGUAUCUAGCCAGGUGAAUAGUUUGGGUUUUUUUAUGUGCCCAGGGUCUGAGAUAGCCACUGACACUUUUACAGCCCCUCCAAUACAAUGUAGGUGAAUGAAAUGUUGUCCAUGGUGCUCAAAUCAUUGUAAAAGUACAUUUGAUAAACUUAACCCUGUGGUUUCUUCCCAGAAACAAUGUCUCUGUUACUUUGGAUAAUUUCUGAUAAUGUUCAUCAGUAAAUAUCUGUUGGUUGUAAAAAGAAUAAAUAAUAAAUCAUAGUAAAAACUGA